UCUGUGCAGCGGAGUUACCCAAACCCUCCAUCACAAGCAACAACUCCCACCCUGUGGAGGACGAGGACUCUGUGGCAUUAAUGUGUGAACCUGAGACUCAGGACACAACCUACACGUGGUGGAUAAACGGUCAGAGGCUCCAGGCCAGUCCCAGGCUGGAUCUGUCCCUGGACAACAGGACUCUCACUUUACUCAGUGUCACGAGGAAUGACACAGGACCCUACGAGUGUGAAACCCAGAACCCAGUGAGCACCAGCCGCAGUGACCCAGUCACCCUGAAUAUUUCCUAUGGCCCAGACACCCCUACCAUUUCCCCCCCAGACUCAUCUUACCGUCCAGGAGCAAACCUCGGCCUCUUCUGCUACGCAGCCUCUAACCCACCCGCACAGUAUUCGUGGCUUAUCAAUGGGAGACCCCAGCAAUCCACACAAGAGCUCAUUAUCCCCAACAUCACUGUGAAUGAUAGUGGAUCCUAUACCUGCCUUGCCCAUAACUCUGCCACAGGCCUCAACAGGACCACAGUCAAGACGAUCACAGUCUCUG